CCGGAGUCGCGUUCGUGGACAACCGUGGCAUGGGCAGCAAACGCACGGCCGACGAGAUGGAGCCGACCGCGCCGACGGACGCGACUGCAGCUGGCGACGAGGCCGUCACGGCCUACGUGUCCGUGGAGCUCGUGGACUUUGCCGAGUUCCCGAUCCUCGACAAGCACGAGACGCUCGAGAUCCAAGGCCUCGAGUCCGAGACGCCGAUUUUGCGCAUUGGCGACUUUACGCUCUACGGCGUGUACGAAGAUGCGAUAGGCACCGACGUCUUCUACGACCUCCAGGCGAGUGAGAAGACGACGCUGCACGCCACGAGCAAGCGGCUCAAGUUUACAAUUGCACCCAAAGACAAGAACGCGUUCCAUAAGAAGACCAUGAAGGUUGUGUAAGAUGUUUCUCGUG